AUGUGCGGAAUCUGGGCCCUUUUGGGGUCGGACGAGGUGAGUCCCUUCGAGCAGGCUCAAUUCAUGCGCAUCAUGGGUCGCGGCCCGGACUUGCACGUGCUCAAGGAGGUCCAUCCGCGUGUGCAUCUCGGCUUUCAUCGACUCGCAAUCGUCAUCCCUGGUGACACUCCAAGCGAGCAGCCAAUCGUCGGACAAGGGAAAAGUGUUGUCUGCAAUGGAGAAUUGUAUAAUCAUUUGCAAAUCAAGGAGGGAAGCUCAUUGGAGUUGACGAACAAUGGAAGCGAUUGCGCGGCCAUCAUUCAUGCUUUUCAUAAAAAUGGAAACGAUCUCAAAAAAACUUGCGCUAUGCUUGACGGAGUUUUCGCUUUCAUCAUGGCCGACGAGCAGAAUGUCUACGUUGGGAGGGAUCCCCUCGGCGUUCGCCCACUUUUCUACGGCUAUACGAGUCAGGGGAAUUUGGCGAUUGGAUCAGAGGUGAAAUCGAUCUCGGAGCUGUGUGAACGCGUGGAAGUGUUUCCGCCGGGUUGCUGUGCGACGAUUGCUUUCACGAACGGCCAUCCGCGUCCUUUCAAGACCGAACGCUACUAUUUCGUGCCCCAAAUCGCCGACCGCUUCGUGAGCAUCGAGAAUGCACAGCUACUCAUCCGAGAGGUGUUGACGAAAAGCGUGGAAAAGCGCUUGAUGGGCAAUCGACAUUUCGGUUUCAUGCUUUCCGGCGGAUUGGAUUCGAGUCUCAUCGCCGCCAUCGCCACCCGAGCACUCAAACAUAAACCGGUGGCGUUUUCGGUUGGUUUCGAGGACUCGGAAGAUUUGGUGAACGCGCGCCGCGUUGCUCAAUACCUGAACAUCAACCACGUGGUCCAUGUGAUCACCGCCGAGGAUUGUCUCAAUGUGAUUCCUGAAGUUAUCUAUGCUCUGGAGACGUAUGAGCCGGCGAUCGUGCGGUGUGGGAUCGCGCACUAUUUACUCUGCCGACAUAUCGCCUCGAUUUCCGAUGUGAAAGUGCUGUUGUCUGGAGAAGGAGCCGAUGAGCUAUUUGGCUCGUAUGCCUAUAUGCAGAAAGCGCCAAACGCUUUCCAUUUGCAUAAAGAGAUUCACCGACGAUUGCAAAUGUUGCAUCAAUACGAUGUGCUGAGAUGCGAUCGAGCCACGUCGUGCCAUGGUUUGGAAAUUCGAGUCCCGUUUUUGGAUAAGAAAUUCAUCGACCUUGUCGCCCGAUUGCCGCCCGCGUACAAGUUGCAGCCGAUGAAGCUCGAGAAACACAUGCUAAGGGCAGCGUUUGAGGGUUGGCUACCAGAGGAAGUGCUUUGGAGAAGCAAAGAGGGAUUCGGAGAGGCUUUAGGAAAGCAGGAUCUCGGUGAAAUCAUUGGCGCUCGUUGUGCUGAAACGAUUUCUGAUAAGCUUUUCUCAACCCGUCAUACCCUUUAUCCAGAAAGGACGCCAGAGACAAAAGAAGAAUUCUGGUAUCGAGAGCUUUUCGAGAAAGCCUAUGGAACGGAGAAAAUGGGUCAUCUCAUUCAUACAAAAGUCUACAGAACAGCUGCUUGGCAACUGACCGAAGAGAAAGAAAAUCAUCGCGUCGUGAUGGAAGAAGGCCGCUUGGAGCGACUCGGCGUCGCCAACAAGGGCAGUGAAGAGGUGCUACGACUACGGCGUCGAUCCACCGGCAGCACUACACUUUCCGGUGUUGCG